GGAUAUGCUCUCGUUGUAAAUAUUUCAACGUUGCAAUGCAUCAAUUGGAAGUCUUCGAAAUACAUCAUAUAGAUCAACGUCUGUAAAUAUACAUGUAGAAUACCCAAUAUCCAAUAUUUAAAUAGAGUAAGAAGAAAACUAGUACCAGGACGUUGACCUAAUCUUUAUCUAUCUGAACAAAAUAUGAAACCAAACUUAUUUGUAAAGAAAUCAUCGGAAACCAAUGAUGUUAAACCAUUUUAUCAGUGUACAAAUUGUAAUGAACAUUUUGAACAAUGUGAUGACUUUGAAAUCCACAUCAAAUGCCAUGUUACACAAGAGAAAACUUGCCACAACAAUGGUAAUGUCGAAGAUGAAAAAACUACAUGUAAUGAUGUUGUAACUAUACAUCAAUGUACAUUGUGUGAUGAACAAUUUAAUUUUUAUUCAGAUCUAGAGAAACAUAGUAAAACACAUUUAAUGGAUGUCACACCUUUGGAAUCUUCUUUGAAUAUAGGAUGCUUAUCUAUAGUUAAUGACACUAUGGAAAACAAUUUGUGUCAUAAAUGUCAUGUUUGUAGUAAGUCAUUUACUCGAAGGAGUAGUCUACGGCGACACAUGAGAAGACACACAAAUCAAGAAUCUUACAAAUGUGGAGAGUGUAAUAAAGUAUUUAAUACAAAACCCUCAUUAAUGAGACACUUACUGAUUCACACCGGAGAAAAGCCUUUCAAAUGUGAUGUUUGUGGUAAAUCAUUUAAUCAGACUCGUAGUCUGAAGAUCCAUAUAAGGUAUCAUACUGGUGAAAAACCUUAUAAAUGUGAUGUUUGUGGUAGAGCAUUUACUCAGAGUAAUGAUGUAAAGUUACAUAGGAGAACUCACACUGGUGAAAGACCUCACGAAUGUGAAAUUUGUGGUAAGUCAUUUCACCGUAGUACUAAUCUCCACACACAUAUGAUAUCUCACACUGGUGACAAACCAUAUAAAUGUGAUAUUUGUGGUAAGUUGUUUGGCAGGAGUAACACUCUACAGUCACACAUCAGAAGUCAUACUGGUGAAAAACCUUUUAGAUGUGAAGUUUGUGGUUCAGCAUUUAGUGACAGAAGUGUCUUAAUUCGACACAGGAAGGGUCAUACUGGAGAGAAUGUUAAUAAAUGUGAUGUUUGUGGUAAAUCAUUUAGCAGGAAAUAUAAUCUACAGAGACAUAUUGUUAAAAAUCACACUGCAACAUAAACUGUUAAAAAUCAAAACUUUACAUUAGCUGUUAAAUAUCACAACUUGACAUAAAACAUGAUCAGUCUAAUUACAGAAGAAAUGUUAAAAAUAUGUAUUGUUAAUUUAUCGGCAAUUGUUAGGUAAUAAAUAAGUAUGAAAAAUUCUUUGUGAAGAAUAGAUUGACUUAUUAUUAUUAUUAUUAGUAGCAUGGGUUGUUGGGGGUCUAGUGGUUUAACGAGUAAGCGUGAAAUCACAUGGUCUGUCAUUGAGUCAAGUGGUGUGGUUUAAAUUCCACGCUUGAAUGUGAGCAGGAGUAGAGUCGUUUGUCCAACCUCGUGGGUUUUCUCUUUUCUCUGGGUCCUCCGGUUUCCUCCCAUAUGUUAGUCCCUAAAUGACAUAGUUUAUGUUGAGUAGACGUUAAACCCCAUUUAUCUCUCUUUCUUUUAGUAUCAUAUUUUUCUAGGACAGAGAUCUAUUCUCGAAGUAUGAAGUACAUGUAGAUGGAUCUCUGUGUGCAGAAUGCCUGUGUAAAUCACUGGCAUGACAUUAAAGGUCCAUUCACACCUGAAAUUCAAAAUUCACUUACCUCCACUGCACAUUGAAUGGCAUUAGCCAGUUUUCAUUAGUAAUAUUACACUUCAUUCCAUUUGAUUUCUAUUUUGAUUAUAAAUCAUCUACAUGUAUGUAUUAUUUGUUUAUAUUCUGUUUACACAAACAUUUAAGUUUUUGGGUUUUUUUGGGUUUUUUUUAGUUAGUUACAUCUGUAUAAGGUGCUAAGACUCUACUCUUUAAAUAGAGUUUAUUAAAGAUACAUUAUGGGAGAUUCGAUAACGAGUUGGAAGUUCUCACUAUAAUAAUUAAAAACUAGAUAACGUAAAGGCAAUUUGCUGAAAAUUUCAUUCAAAUUGAUCCACUAUGAACCGAGAACUAAGCGAAUGAAAUUUUUGCCUAGCCUCGGUCAUCAUUACUAAAGUCAAUAGUUAAGCAGCAUAGUCUCGAUUAUCCAUUUAAUCGUUUAAUCGAGAAGGAAAGUUAUGCAGUAAAUCGGAUCACAGUCCACUUAAAAUCACAGGCUAGCGACGCCAUCUAGAGUUGAUUAAGGUCUGGAUAAGUUAAUUAAUGUCUAAUUAAUAAUUUAGAUAACAUUUUAAGCCUAAAGAAAGACCUGCAAUAGACAGAUUCAGCUCUUGCAUAAUGUAUGUUUAAGGCAAAAUAUAUGUCAUAUUUUAACAUAGUUGGUGAUCACUUAGUUUUUUUUUAAAUCUAUAUUUUUCUAUAUGUCAUUGGUACACCAUUAAUAAAUCAUU